GAACAGAUAUCUUUGCUACAAGUCACCCAAUCUGCAUCCUGUGAAAUAUUCCUGCCAACCUGUAUUAUCUCCGAACCUUACUUUUCCACUCGCAGACACACUCACACACACCCCUUCCCCUCCUUUUUAUUUUUAUUUUCUUAGACACGCUGAUCUGGGGUUUGACAUCGGCUUGUCAAUUCUGUACCAUUCUGUUGUCAUCUAAACCACUUCUGGAUCCUGCCUGUCCGGGACGCAGCCACCAAGCAAUUUGGGAGGCCGGCGGUUACGAAAAAGAAAAAUACCCAAAAACGAACCUAAUUUAGAGGGCAAGGGCCGGAAUCCCUCUAAAUACCUCUCCUCCACUGCCAAUAUGUCAGAUGAGCACCUCGCUCGUCAGACAGCCUCGAGCUUCGAUAGGCUUGAAAACUUCAACUUUCUUCUCUCUCGACACGAUCCUAACUUGGCCAAGAGUCGUCACUAUUCCUUUGAUGCAGAUUCUGCCGGCCUGGCUGCCUUUUCGAAUCUGAACAUGGAUUACGAUCAGACUGAGGGGAUGGGCGGUCUCUCCGUCAGUUCGUAUGAUAGCAUUGAGGACGAACGCAGUCCGAUCGAUGUGCGCGGAUAUCCGUAUCAUGACCAAAUGCUGUCCUACUCAGCUCAUCCCAUCUAUCCACCUAUCUCAUAUGGUCCUCCCGAUGACCUGGGGCACGGUGCGGGUGCUAUGACACCCUCCGAUGUCUCCUCUUCCAUCUCACCUCCAAACGGCCAUAUCAACCACAGCAAGUACAGCACGCAGAUUCCUGGCGAUCACCUUGCUUCCGCCCUUGGCCAGGAGGAGGGCGUCCGCCGUGCUGCCGAAGAAGACCGGCGACGCCGCAAUACGGCUGCCAGCGCCCGGUUUCGCAUGAAGAAGAAACAGCGCGAACAGGCCCUCGAACGCACCGUGCGCGAAACCACCGAAAAGAACGCAACUCUCGAGGCGCGUGUAGCGCAGCUCGAAAUGGAGAACCGCUGGCUGAAGAACCUCUUGACCGAAAAGCACGAAGCCAGCUCGACUCGCAUGGCUCCUCCCCCAACUGACAGCACAGCCUUGGCCUCCCAAGGUACCAACGCUACUGGCCCCGGGCAAAAACAUAUUCAGCCAAAAAAGAAGGGCGUCGGGACCGACAACUGAAGUCAAAGAAAAGAAGUUGCCUCCUUGAUUCCUUUCUUUUUUUGAGCUUCUUUUUGCCUUGCUUCAUCGUCCUCAAUCAUUUCGAUAUUUACAUAGUACCUGCGUGGAUCUCCAUGGGUCUUCUUUUGUAUGGGCGUACUCACAGACUGAGUGGCCCGUCGCAUCUGUUUUCGUUUCCCUCUUUUAGGCUGGUUAUCCAUCCUAGGAUGGAGUCAGAUGACGAUGUAAUGACUUGUUUCCUAUGUUCUUCUAUCUCCUGUUUGUGUGCGCGAAGGUGAGGGUUUGUGGGUA